AUGUUAAACUUGUUGUCAUCCUCCAAGUCAUCAUCAAAAUCAUCAAAAUCGUCAGCAUCUUCCUAUUAUGCACCAGCUUCUUCGGGAGCUGCUGGGGAAAUGUAUAGUCCCAUUCAUCAAUUUGUUGCCGCAUCGUGUAAGAAUAUUUUAAUUUGUGGAUGUGGUGGAGGCUUUGAUGUUUAUUCGGGAUUGCCAUUGUAUUUUGAUUUCAAGGCCAUGGGAAAGAAUGUUUAUUUGGCUAAUUUGGCGUUUACUGAUGUAUCAAGAAUGGAUAAAAAGACUGAAAAUAUUGAACUUCCUUCUUAUAAAGGAAAGAAUACAUUGUUUGCAGUGAAUGCAGAGUCAGAUAAUCAUGAUUUGGAAUACUUCCCUGAAAAGUAUUUGUGUGAAUAUUUGAAAAAGGAGCAUAUUGAAGAGAAUCCAAUUGUUUAUACCUUUUCAAGAGAAACUGGUGUUGUUGGAAUAACUGAAGGAUAUGAAAUUAUCAUCAAGAGACAUGAUAUCGAUAUGAUGAUUAUUGUGGACGGAGGAAAUGAUGUCAUGAUGAGGGGAAAUGAAACUGGAUUAGGAUCUCCACAGGAAGAUUCAAUGAGUGUUGUUGGAGCUUAUGGAAUUUCCACUAGUGUGCUCCCAAUGGAGAGAAGAAUUGUAACUUGCAUUGGAUUUGGAGUGGAUCAUUAUCAUGGAGUGAAUAGUUGCUUAUUCUUUGAAAAUACUAGUGAAAUAAUUACCAAGUUUGAUAAUGGAUUUUUAGGAGUAUGUUCUGUGGUGAGAGAGUGGAAUUGUUUCAAACAAUUUAAAAAGUCAUGCCAAUAUACUUUCAAUAUUAUGAAGAAAGCUCCCUCCAUUGUUAGUAGUUGUAUCAUUGCUGCUAUUGAAGGUCAAUAUGGAAAUUAUCAUCCUCCAGAAAUCAAGUCACGUACCUCUGGAUCAACCUUGUAUAUUAAUCCAAUGAUGAGCAUGUAUUGGUUCUAUUCCUUGAAUUCUAUUGCUAAUCAAUUGUUGUAUAAAAAAUUUAUUGAAACCUCAAAGAGUAUGGAAGAUUUGAAUAGAGGUUUGAGGACUUAUAGAAAUAAUUUAAAGACUAUGAGAAAACCAAGUCCUUUCCCUCAUUAA